AUGCUAAUUCCAUUACAUGCCGGUGGCUUCACCAGCGCUUCCAGCCUUGCCGAUGUCUGCACCACUGCCCACGCCCGAUCAUCUCUCCCUCAAAAUGCUUACCAAGGCAUCAUCAUCGACGACUCUUCAGUCUCUGCAAACGCCUUCUACAACAUCAGCAUCUCGGAUGUUAUGUACCCGGACGCAGUGAUUGAUUAUUGCAACGUCACAUUUGCAUACUCGCACGAAGGCCGAGUCAACGACAGAGUACUAGUAACGUACUGGCUUCCUGCACCCAACAAGUUUGAAACCCGAUUUCUGGCUACUGGAGGUGGUGGAUUAGCUAUCAACUCAGGCAACACGGCUGUUGCUGGUGCAAUUCCGUACGGUGCUGCGACUGGCUUGACAGAUGGAGGGUUUGGGGGAUUCGACGUGCAGUGGGAUGCUGUGUUUCUUCUUGCCAAUAACACUGUGAACUGGCAGUCAGUGUACAUGAUGGGUUAUCAAGCUAUCCAUGAGAUGACGGUGAUUGGCAAGGCUUUCACCCAGAACUUCUUCGCUUCAAACCGCACUCUAUACACCUACUACCAGGGUUGCUCUGAAGGCGGCCGUGAGGGUUUCAGCCAGGUUCAACGAUUUGCAGACACUUACGACGGUGCGAUCAUCGGCGCUCCGGCCUUGCGGUACUCGUUUCAACAGGUCAAUCAUCUUCAUUCUGGCAUCGUCGAGCAGACUUUGGACUACUAUCCCCCGAGUUGCGAGCUCGACAGAAUUGUCAAUGAAACGAUCAAAGCCUGCGACCUCCUGGACGGUAAUGGGGAUGGAGUCGUGUCUCGAACAGACCUGUGCGCCCGCCAUUUCGACCUGGAGUCGAUCAUAGGAGCUCCAUAUUCAUAUCCAGCGACGCCAAGCAGUAGAACAACCCUCGCAGCGCCCGCACAGAAUGGAACCGUCUCGGAGAAGGGCAUUGCUGUGGCAGCGGAGAUCUUGAAAGGACUGCAAGACAGCAAAGGUCGACAAGUGUACGUCCCGUACCAGUACGGCGCAACCUUCGCAGACGCCGCGACUGAGUAUAACAAUGCUACUGGCAAAUGGCAGAUUCCUGAAAAUGGCCUUGGGACACAGUCUUACGGAUCAGAAUGGGUGGAGCGAUAUCUCUGGCUUCAGAACUCCUCAACCCUCCCGACGCUGAAGAAUGUAACCUACGAUUCACUCAAGGAGUGGAUGAUACUCGGUCUGCACAUGUACUCAGAUUCACUGCAGACAACUUGGCCCGACCUAUCUUCUUGGCAACAAGCCGGCAACAAGAUCCUACACUACCAUGGCGAAAGCGACAACUCGAUCCCCACAGCCGCGUCAGUGCGCUAUCGCGAGUCAGUGAGAAAGAUCAUGUAUGGGCACCUUUCAUACAAUGCCAGCGAGGCAGCUUUGAGCGAGUGGUACAAGUAUUACUCCAUCCCAGGCGCGGCACACUGUUCGGACAAUCCUUACCAGCCUAACGCGCCGUUCCCGCAGACCAACUUCAAAGUCAUGAUAGAUUGGGUCGAGAAGGGGGUCAACCCUAACACGUUGAAUGCAACAGUGCUGCUAGGAGAGAACAAAGGCCAGAACCAGCAGAUCUGUGCUUGGCCUUUGCGGCCGCUAUGGAAAGAGAACGGAACGAUGGAGUGUGUUUUCGAUCAGGCCAGUCUUGAUAGCUGGUUCUACGACUUGGAUGCUGUCAAGGUGCCCGUUUUCUGA